UUAUAUAAUCUGAUUAUUAAAGUGAAGCGGGGUGCAAGAAGAAGAAGAAGAAUAACAAUAACCCUGCGGCUAACAUUCAUUGCAAUUUUGCUGCAAAGCAAUUGAAGAAUCAGAAUCAACAAUUCAGUUCGUAGAGUUGAAAUUGUGAAUCAAGGAUGGAAGUUGAAGGAUCAUCGAAGAAGAUGAUAGCAACACAGGAGGAAAUGGUGGAAGCUAGGGUUCCGUUAGCUUACAGGGAUCAGUGUGCGCACUUGCUCAUCCCUCUCAACAAGUGCAGACAAGCUGAAUUCUAUCUUCCAUGGAAGUGCGAGAACGAACGCCACUCUUACGAAAAGUGCGAAUACGAACUCGUCAUGGAGAGAAUGCUUCAGAUGCAAAAGAUCCGCGAACAGGAAAAAGCUACUUCCAAACAACCUCUCUCACAGGGAACUAUUCCUCUCAUUCCUAAACCUGCCAAUGCAUGAUUCCUAUUUCUUUUGAACCUUUGCUUGCAUGGGAUGUUCUUUCCUGUUUCCUACUGUAUGGUAUCAAAGUUUCCUUCGAAUGUUUGUCCUGAGACUUCUAUAGAUUGAUUAUACUCUAUUUCUUGCUAUUUGCCCUGUGGUGAAACCAUGUUUCUACUUCAAGAAAUAAAAUUUCAUAAAGGGAAUCACUAACUGGUUGCUUCAUAUGCAUCUGUUCCCUUCCCUUAAUCACCAAGUUGUUGACAAUUUAUAAUACUUGGUUAUAGGUUCUGGAUCUGAUUUUAGAAAUCAUACUGAUCAAACUAUUUAAUCUGGCGUUUGAAUGAGGUUUUUGAACUAUUUAA